AUGGCCAACAUCAUUCUGUCUAUCAACGCUGGGAGCUCAUCCUUGAAAACCACCUUGUUUAUCGAAGAAGAUGAGCGUCAACUGCGGCGACUUGGCAGCGCGGAGGUGUCCUCACUGAAUGCUCCACCUGCGAAGCUCAAAUACUCCCGGGGCUCUUAUAAAGCCACCAGCGAACUCAGCGAGGUCCACGACCACAAAGACGCGUUCCAAAGCGUUCUUCAUUCAUUCCUCUCCGAUACGGAAAUCCCCGAGCUCUCGGCCAAGGAAGACAUCCAUUAUGCGACGCACCGAGUGGUUCAAGGCGGUGAGGAAUUUAAUGAACUUACUCUGAUAACCAGGGAGACAUUCGAGAAGAUCAAUAAGCUGUCGGACCUGGCACCAUUACACAAUGCCUCGGCCGUCAGCCUCAUGAUCGCUUGCCAUGACCAUCUUCCCAAGGUCACCAAUGUCGCGUGUUUUGACUCGGGGUUCCACCAUACCAUGCCCGAUUAUGUCAAGUGUUAUGCCAUCGAUCAGUCGAUUGCUCAAGAGAAGGGCUUACGCAAAUAUGGCUUCCACGGACUCAGCUACAAAUACAUGACCAGGAGAGUCGCCGAGUAUCUGGGCAAACCGGAGUCCGAGACCAGUCUGAUAGCACUCCAUUUGGGCAGUGGAGCUUCUGCCUGCGCCAUCAAGAAUGGACAAUCCGUCGACACCACCAUGGGUUUGACGCCGGUAUCAGGUCUGCCCGGUGGCACGAGAAGUGGUGAUAUCGAUCCGAGCUUGGUGUUCCAUUAUACCUCCGAUGCCAGUGCGUUGAGUCCGAACAGCACCAAAGACCUCCAUAUCUCCACCGCCGAAGAAAUCUUGAACAAGCAAUCUGGAUGGAAGGCGUUGACAGGAACCACGGAUUUUUCCCAAAUUGCGGAUCCUCACGCUCCUGAUACCCACAAGCUCGCCUUCAAUAUCUUCGUUGACCGUCUCAUCGGUUACAUCGGCAAUUACUUUGUCAAGCUUGGCGGAAAAGUUGAUGCUCUGGUCUUUGCCGGUGGCAUUGGCGAAAGGAGUGCCUACCUGCGACAAGUGGUGACCGAGAAGGUUUCUUGUCUCGGCUUCACUCUCGACGAUGACAAAAAUCAAAAUGCGGCUGGUGGGGAGGACGUAGUAGAUAUUGGAAAAAGCGACAAGAUACGGACGAUAAUCUGCGAGACGGACGAAGACUACGAAAUGGCUUACAAUUGUGUCCUUCAUCCCAAGUAA